AAUGUAUUUGAUUUUACAGUUAUUUUAUGCGUAUUGUUGUUAUUGUUGACAAACUAUUGGUAAACAAAUAACAAGUUUGUGUCAAAUUGUCAUCACUUGAAAAGUGAGACUAAUGUCAAAUUGAAAGCACAUGUUAUGACUUCAUUGAUGUCAACAAAGCGUGACUUUUAUUCAUUGAUAGUAAGCGCACAACAAUUGGAUUGUGACUCAAACUAUGGACACGCGUUUAUCACGUACUUGGAUGGCAUACACGCGCUGACACUGUAUCUCAAGACUGAAGCCGACAACCAUUUGGACACUAUUGGCACUAAAGACAUAAAUUAUAAACUGGUUAGUGGUGUCAAUACACUGAAGAAUUGUAUUGAAAGACUUGAAACGAUUGCCAAUUAUUGCAAUAAUAAUAAUAAUAACAACACUAUCACUGCCAACAAUAACAACGAUGUAUUUGAUUUAAAUAAAUCAAGUGAUGAUUUGGUCAAACAAUUAAGUGAUUAUUCAAUCGAUGAACAAUUAUCUCCCAAUAAGAGGCUAUCAAAAGAUGAUAAUAAUUAUUUGGAUUCAUUUGAUUUGAAUACAUCACCAAAUGUUCAAAAGGCAUACAAAGAUAAUGCAGUUAUAAGUAAGAUAUGUGAAAGUCGUUUGCGGACAACAAUAGAUCCCUACAAAAGAGCUUCACUUAAGUUAGAACUUCAGAGAAGAAUCAUUGAGAACAUAGAGUUGGCUAAGAAUAAGGACAAAGAGUUGUAUCAUUCAAUGCAUUUGAAUCAACGAAAAUCUCUGGAAUUGGCCGCAAAAAAACUACUUCAACAACAAAAUGUUCUCAACAUUGACAACGAAUCGAUGAUUGUGGACAAUCAAAGUCAACAACAACUUUAUGCUCAGAUACUUGACUUUGAGGCUAAACAUAUAGAUCUAAGCAAACAAUUUCGGUGUCAAAGUCUCGACAUCGAUAAAAAUACUAUCACUGAAAUCAUCGCAAAAGUUGUUAACUGUAAAGAACAUCCAUUAACUCAAUGGAUUCAUAAAUUUCAGGUACAAAUUGUUCACAUAAUAAAUCCAUUACUUCGACAAUAUCUAAAGUAUCGAUCCAAUGAUGUAAAUGAUGACCAAAUAUCGCAGCAAUCAUUAUCUUUGAUAAGUAAUGGCGACAACUUGGAGAACAUGGAUAUUGAAAUAAGUGAUGUCGAGUCUGAAGCACUGAUUCGACACUUCAAUAACAUCACAAGCGAUAUCUCAUUAUCACACGAAACCAUUACAUUGAUGUUAACUUUAGUUUUAUUUGACAAUCAGUUAUAUUACAAACCAUGUAAUUAUGAUGUCUUCCGCGAACAGCAUUCUUGUGUUCACUCAAUUGUCUCUCAAUAUAUUUAUCCUUCCAUUUGGUCGGCAUUUAAAUAUUUAUUUCGGAUUGUGUUUCACAAACAAGAGGUUGAAUUCAAUGAAGGAAUUCAUCGGUUGGAGUCAUGUAAUGAAUUAAAUGCUGAUCUCACCACUGAAUAUGACAGUGAAUUGUUUGAGGAGUCGGCUCAGGCAUUAACACAAGUCCUUCAAUUGAAGUCUCCCUUCGAGAAACUCAAGUCAUUGGUUAUAUUGACUCAAAAUUUGUGUUCAAAAUUGAAAUCUACUUCAAACGUAUCAACAGAAGUGUCUGCCGAUGAUUUGAUCCCUGCUUUGUGUAUAGUUGUCAUGAGAUGUUGUUUACCGCAACUUAUUUCCGAAUUUUUUGCUAUCGAAGAGAUGAUUCAACAGAAAUAUCUUUUAGGUGAAGAAGGAUAUUGUCUUUCAUCGAUAUUAACAGCUCUCAGAUAUAUUCAAAUGCAUUCUUUGCCAAAUAAUUGUAUUAAACAUAAUAGGGAUUAA